AUGAUGAUGAGCAAGUAUGAUUUCUUUCAAAAUUAGAAUACUUAUAAACCGUUCAAUGUGCUAGGAUAGUUCGGUAAAGUGAGAUAAAUUUGUAAAGGCUUUUCUUCAAAUUCAUUUUAGAUACUCUCUGAAACAGGGUGCCUAUAUUAUAUCAGCUAUGAGCUUUCCUUUUAUUAGCUACCCUUCAAGAAUGAAAAAAUUAAGUACAUCUCAACAAACAAAAAUGUGACUUUGGCACUUUCAUAUUCUGGGUAAGUUUAUUCAUUUGGAGAGGAUAAAAAUCAUUAUGGCACUCUUGGAAUUUAAAAGAUAUAUUUUGUGCCAAUUCCUAGCAGAAUUGGAAAAGAUUUUAAGCAGCUGUCGCUUUCCUCUCAUCUUGCAUGUGGUCUUGAUUAUUCAGGAAAAUUGUGGACUUGGGGACAAACACCAAUUGGUAAUUCAGAAAUACCUUAUAUUGUAAACCCCUUAACCAUAAAAAUUAAUAAAGUUUGUGCUGGGAAGGAUUACAUUUUACUUAUUGAUGGUAUUUUUACAUUGUACUUUAAAUUUAGGAUCUUCUAAUAUAUUUUUAUUAUCUGAUUCUUUUAAAUCUAGUUUUUACAGCAAUCAGAGAUGGGCUCUUUAAAAAUUCAAAUAAUUUACAAACGAACAUCUUGUUAUUUCUGAGAUUUUACCUAACGAUAGAUACUCAUUUAUGCUCACAAGUAAAAAAAUAAACUUUAACAUUUAGAUAAAAAUGAGCUAUAUAUGCUAGUUUUAAAUGAACUAUUGAUAAAAAAGUUAGAUAUUCGAAUAAAAAUUCAUAAUCUUACAUAAAAUGAUACACAUAUUUUUUGUUUUACUGAAUUAUAACAGUUUAUAAAAAUAGACAAAGCAAAUCUUUGUUAGAAUGAAUAAAUAGAGAUGAAGGCUCUUUAUGAAUAAAUUCGAUAUGAAAAUAUAGAAAAAGCUAUGCAUUCAGCAAUUUUACCUCAAAAUAUAAUAAAAUUCACAUUAAACUCAAUUUAAGGUUUUGUUGUCAAUCGAGAAAGUUUCAUUGAAGGUGCUCAAAAGAAAAGUAUCUCUUCAAUUUAAGUUUACCAACAAUAAUACUCAAUAUCUGAAACUCAUAAAUAAGAAACUUAAUUAAAAAUCUCGAUAAUUAAUCAUUAAGUAAAUCAUACUCCAAGUAAAGUUGUUAUACCCUAACAAAAAUCUAGAAUCUAUUAUUCUCCUUAGCCCAUAAUUUUAAAAUCUAAUAAAUCAGUAAUAACACCUUUAAAGCAAUCAGCAGUACUCCCAAAAUCAUAUCUUUCUCGCACACCAAAUAUGUAGCAACCUUUAGCUCGUUCCUUUGUAAACUACACUGAAAGCAGAACAAAAUCUCCUGUUAAAAAAGCAAAUUUGAUGAGGCUUUUAAUCUAAGAUGUGCAACUUACAAUUAAUUCUUUGUAUAAGUAUCCUUAAAUUGCUUUUGAAUUCAGAGAAAGAGUGUAUUCAAACAGAAGCAGCUCAGCUUAAGAUAUAAGAUAAAUGAUUAAAGAAAUAAAUCCAAGAGCAAACAGUUCAGAAAAGGAAAAGAUUUAAGAAUUUAUCCAUAAGGAAAGAUCUUAUGACUAAGAACUGAAUAAGUAGAUGGAAACAGUAAGAUCAUAAUUAGAAGGUCUAAAAAGAUAAUCUAAUUAAUCUGAAGAUAUAUUUGAAGAUGCAACUUCUAAGAAAAGAUAAAGUAUUGCAGAUGAUUUAUCAGUUGGAGAAACUGGAACUUAAGAUAAAGAAAUCAAUUAUGCUUAAAGUAAAAUAUAAGAACAAAAAAAGUAUUUUGCAAACCGAUCAAAUGCUUCCCCAAUAAAGUCUUCUCCAACAAUUUAAAGAUUCGAUGAAACAACAAAAUUUUUUGAAGAAGAAAUAUUAAUUAGGAAUAAACAGAAAUAAGAUAGGGUUUUAAUAAGAGAAAUAAUUUUUUCUAACUCCUCUACGUAUAUUAAUGAUGAAAACUUAUAUGCAGUUAGAGCCAAAGACUAAAUCUUAAUUGCAAGCCGUGUCAUAAAUGGAAUUAUUGAUCAAAGCUGGGAAUUUACAAACAACAAUAAAUAUAAAAAAUUUAUUUCAAGAAAUGAGCCUAUAUAGUAUUUAGAAGAGGAUAUCAAAAUACAUGAUGGAAAUUGUAUCAUCAGAAAAUAAGUUAGAAAAACACCAGAAAUGCUUAUUAUAGGAGAAGGUAUCAAUGAAGAAUAAGAAAAUGGUGAAAUUGUUGAGAAUAGAAGAUUAGUUGAAAAUAAUGAAUCUUUGACUUAAAUGUAAGCAGAUGGGUGGAACUUAGAUAACAUGCAUAGACUAGAGAGAAAUAUUGGAAAAGAAUAAAUAUGUAUACAGUAGUUAGAAAAUAAUUAAAAAGUUUUGGUCAAAAAAUUUUCACCAGAUUAAAUAUAAAAAUAAGAAGAAUCUAAUUUAAAUAAACAAAAACAACAACAAGUAGAGAGUAAUAUUAAAUAUGUGGAAGAAGAAUUAUUAAGAUUAAAUUAGGAGACAGGUAAGAUUGAAAGACUUUUAAUAAGAAAACCCUAUAAAGAUAAUUCUGAGCAAUAAGGUAAAUAAUAAAACGGAAUAAAAGUUUUAUCUAGAAGAAUAAUUCACAAUUCUCAAUCUAAAUAAAUUAUGUUAUAAGAUGGAUGGUAAGCCACUUCAGAAGGACUUUUAUAAAAAAAACUAUCGGAAUAAGAACCAGAUUAAUUUUUAGAAGAGGAAAUCUUAAUUUAUAAUCCAGUAACAAAAAAGCAAGACAGAAAAUUGGUAAGGAGACCUUUAUUUGAUAAUUAAUUGCAAGAAAUAAGUGAAGAAUUGGAUGAAGAUGGUGAAUAGGGAAUGAAAAUUGUUGCAAGAAGAAUUAUUGAAAAUGAUGAAAAAAAUUAAUUAGGUUAAGAUUGGUUGAAAAAUUAUGAAGGCAAUUACGAACUUUACAUUUCGCAAGCUGAACCAACAGAAUUUGUAGAAGAAGAAAUACUUAUAAAAGAUAUCAAUGGAAAAAUGAUAAGAAAAUUAGUAAGGAGACCAUUGACUAAGGAAAAUUCAUAAAUUGGAAAUAACUUAAAUGAAUUAGAUAAGGAUGGAAACAGAAUUUUAUCUAGAAAAAUAGUCGAUAAUUCUUAAUCCAUUAAUUAAGUCUAAAAAGAUUGGCAAAAAGGGCAAAAUGGCAUUCUUGAAAAAAUUAUUUCAUAAGAAGAACCUGAGCAAUUUAUAGAAGAAGAGAUAAUUAUAGUAAACCCAAAAACAGGCAAGCAAGAACGCAAAUUAAUUAGACGUCCUUAUGAAAAUGAAGAAGAGGUUGGAGAUUAAUUGAACGAAUCAAUUGGUAAUAAUCAAAAAGUAGUGGCAAGAAGAAUCGUUUAAAACGAUAGUUCUCUAAGUGAAUGGAAGUAAAAUUAAAAAACUGGAUAAUUAGAAAAAUUAAUUGUACAGAAUGAACCUACUAAAUUUAUUGAAGAAGAGGUUUUAGUACUUAACGAUGAAACAGGUAAGAUGGAGAGAAAAUUAAUAAGAAAAUAAUACUAGCCUGGUUCGAACAUAGGAAAUAAUUUACAAGAAAUCGAUUAAAAUGGAAAUAGAAUUCUUGCAAGAAGAAUCAUAGAAAAUAUAUCAUCAACUCAGCAAGUUGAGAAAGAAGGCUGGAAAAAUAAUCAGGGUAAUUUUGAAAAAACCUUAUCAAUCCAAGAACCAACAAAAUACAUUGAGGAAGAAAUUAUUAUUGUUAAAUAAGGUGGUAAGCAAGAGAGAAAAAUUAUAAGAAGACCUCUAGAUGAUGAUGAAAAUGUAGAAGAAGGAGAAUAACUAUUAGAAGAUAUAGGUGAGAGCUGUUAUGUGGUUUCUAGAAAGAUUGUUGAUAAUGAUUUAUCACUUGGUUCAUCGAAAUGGAAAAAAACUAGCGAUGGAAAUUAUGAAUUAAGCUUAGGAGUUGAACCUUCGUAGUAUAUUACUGAAGAAGUGUUAUAGUAUAAUAAUUAGACAGGGAUGAUGGAAAGAAAACUAAUUAGAAAGCCUUAUUUGGGAGGAAAGAUCUAAGAAGGCGAUUAAUUAAAUGAAGUAGACAAAAAUGGAACUAAAGUGCUUUCACGUAAAAUAGAAUCCAAUCUUUAACCAAAUAUUAUAAAACAAUAAUGGUAGAAUGUAGGAAAAUAAGAAGAAAUCCUUCUAAAUUCAGAAGAACCUGAACAAUUUAUUGAGGAAGAGAUUAUCCAAGUUAAUCCAAAAACAGGAAAACUUGAGAGAAAAAUUGUCAGAAAACCUCUGAAUAAUGAAGAAAUAGAUAAUUUAUAAAUGGGAUAAAAUUUAGAAGAAGAUUUAGGGAAUGGUAGAUAAAUAAUUUCAAGAAAAAUUGUUUAAAAUGAUCAAUCAAAUUAAGCAUUAAAAUAGCAAGGUUGGGUAAAAAAUACUGAAGGAAACAUGGAAAUCAGAUUCCAACCUGAACCUGCAAAAUAUGUUGAGGAAGAAAUAUUAGUUUAAGGUGAGGAUGGAAUUGUUUAAAGGAAGCUAGUGAGAAGACCAUAUUUACCUUAGGAUAACAAAUUACAAACUGGAUCUGUGAUAGAAAAAGACUAAAAUGGAAAUAAAGUUGUCUCGAGAAAGAUUGUAUAAAAUAAUAAGCCAAUCGAUUAAACCUGGACUUAAUUAAAUAAUGGAUCCUUAGAGAAAGUAGUUUCACAAUAAGAACCUGAAGCUUAUAUUGAGGAAGAGAUUAUUAUCAUAAAUCCAAAAACUUAGCGAUAAGAAAGAAAAUUAACGAGAAGACCUUUAACUAAAUCAGAAAUAGGAGAGAUUGGAGAGAAUCUUCAAGAAGGUGACGGAACUAGAAAAGUGGUUGCUAGAAGAAUAAUCUCUAAUGAAUAGCCUUUGGAUUAAAUGAAAGAUUGGUAACAAAAAUAAGGACAGAUGGAAAUUUAAUUAGCUUCAAGUGAGCCAACCAAAUAUGUUGAAGAGGAAGUUCUUUCUUAUGGAGAAAAUGGAUUACAAAGAAAAUUAGUAAGGAGACCAUUGACUAAGGAAAAUUCAUAAAUUGGAAAUAACUUAAAUGAAUUAGAUAAGGAUGGAAACAGAAUUUUAUCUAGAAAAAUAGUCGAUAAUUCUUAAUCCAUUAAUUAAGUCUAAAAAGAUUGGCAAAAAGGGCAAAAUGGCAUUCUUGAAAAAAUUAUUUCAUAAGAAGAACCUGAGCAAUUUAUAGAAGAAGAGAUAAUUAUAGUAAACCCAAAAACAGGCAAGCAAGAACGCAAAUUAAUUAGACGUCCUUAUGAAAAUGAAGAAGAGGUUGGAGAUUAAUUGAACGAAUCAAUUGGUAAUAAUCAAAAAGUAGUGGCAAGAAGAAUCGUUUAAAACGAUAGUUCUCUAAGUGAAUGGAAGUAAAAUUAAAAAACUGGAUAAUUAGAAAAAUUAAUUGUACAGAAUGAACCUACUAAAUUUAUUGAAGAAGAGGUUUUAGUACUUAACGAUGAAACAGGUAAGAUGGAGAGAAAAUUAAUAAGAAAAUAAUACUAGCCUGGUUCGAACAUAGGAAAUAAUUUACAAGAAAUCGAUUAAAAUGGAAAUAGAAUUCUUGCAAGAAGAAUCAUAGAAAAUAUAUCAUCAACUCAGCAAGUUGAGAAAGAAGGCUGGAAAAAUAAUCAGGGUAAUUUUGAAAAAACCUUAUCAAUCCAAGAACCAACAAAAUACAUUGAGGAAGAAAUUAUUAUUGUUAAAUAAGGUGGUAAGCAAGAGAGAAAAAUUAUAAGAAGACCUCUAGAUGAUGAUGAAAAUGUAGAAGAAGGAGAAUAACUAUUAGAAGAUAUAGGUGAGAGCUGUUAUGUGGUUUCUAGAAAGAUUGUUGAUAAUGAUUUAUCACUUGGUUCAUCGAAAUGGAAAAAAACUAGCGAUGGAAAUUAUGAAUUAAGCUUAGGAGUUGAACCUUCGUAGUAUAUUACUGAAGAAGUGUUAUAGUAUAAUAAUUAGACAGGGAUGAUGGAAAGAAAACUAAUUAGAAAGCCUUAUUUGGGAGGAAAGAUCUAAGAAGGCGAUUAAUUAAAUGAAGUAGACAAAAAUGGAACUAAAGUGCUUUCACGUAAAAUAGAAUCCAAUCUUUAACCAAAUAUUAUAAAACAAUAAUGGUAGAAUGUAGGAAAAUAAGAAGAAAUCCUUCUAAAUUCAGAAGAACCUGAACAAUUUAUUGAGGAAGAGAUUAUCCAAGUUAAUCCAAAAACAGGAAAACUUGAGAGAAAAAUUGUCAGAAAACCUCUGAAUAAUGAAGAAAUAGAUAAUUUAUAAAUGGGAUAAAAUUUAGAAGAAGAUUUAGGGAAUGGUAGAUAAAUAAUUUCAAGAAAAAUUGUUUAAAAUGAUCAAUCAAAUUAAGCAUUAAAAUAGCAAGGUUGGGUAAAAAAUACUGAAGGAAACAUGGAAAUCAGAUUCCAACCUGAACCUGCAAAAUAUGUUGAGGAAGAAAUAUUAGUUUAAGGUGAGGAUGGAAUUGUUUAAAGGAAGCUAGUGAGAAGACCAUAUUUACCUUAGGAUAACAAAUUACAAACUGGAUCUGUGAUAGAAAAAGACUAAAAUGGAAAUAAAGUUGUCUCGAGAAAGAUUGUAUAAAAUAAUAAGCCAAUCGAUUAAACCUGGACUUAAUUAAAUAAUGGAUCCUUAGAGAAAGUAGUUUCACAAUAAGAACCUGAAGCUUAUAUUGAGGAAGAGAUUAUUAUCAUAAAUCCAAAAACUUAGCGAUAAGAAAGAAAAUUAACGAGAAGACCUUUAACUAAAUCAGAAAUAGGAGAGAUUGGAGAGAAUCUUCAAGAAGGUGACGGAACUAGAAAAGUGGUUGCUAGAAGAAUAAUCUCUAAUGAAUAGCCUUUGGAUUAAAUGAAAGAUUGGUAACAAAAAUAAGGACAGAUGGAAAUUUAAUUAGCUUCAAGUGAGCCAACCAAAUAUGUUGAAGAGGAAGUUCUUUCUUAUGGAGAAAAUGGAUUACAAAGAAAAUUAGUAAGGAGACCAUUGACUAAGGAAAAUUCAUAAAUUGGAAAUAACUUAAAUGAAUUAGAUAAGGAUGGAAACAGAAUUUUAUCUAGAAAAAUAGUCGAUAAUUCUUAAUCCAUUAAUUAAGUCUAAAAAGAUUGGCAAAAAGGGCAAAAUGGCAUUCUUGAAAAAAUUAUUUCAUAAGAAGAACCUGAGCAAUUUAUAGAAGAAGAGAUAAUUAUAGUAAACCCAAAAACAGGCAAGCAAGAACGCAAAUUAAUUAGACGUCCUUAUGAAAAUGAAGAAGAGGUUGGAGAUUAAUUGAACGAAUCAAUUGGUAAUAAUCAAAAAGUAGUGGCAAGAAGAAUCGUUUAAAACGAUAGUUCUCUAAGUGAAUGGAAGUAAAAUUAAAAAACUGGAUAAUUAGAAAAAUUAAUUGUACAGAAUGAACCUACUAAAUUUAUUGAAGAAGAGGUUUUAGUACUUAACGAUGAAACAGGUAAGAUGGAGAGAAAAUUAAUAAGAAAAUAAUACUAGCCUGGUUCGAACAUAGGAAAUAAUUUACAAGAAAUCGAUUAAAAUGGAAAUAGAAUUCUUGCAAGAAGAAUCAUAGAAAAUAUAUCAUCAACUCAGCAAGUUGAGAAAGAAGGCUGGAAAAAUAAUCAGGGUAAUUUUGAAAAAACCUUAUCAAUCCAAGAACCAACAAAAUACAUUGAGGAAGAAAUUAUUAUUGUUAAAUAAGGUGGUAAGCAAGAGAGAAAAAUUAUAAGAAGACCUCUAGAUGAUGAUGAAAAUGUAGAAGAAGGAGAAUAACUAUUAGAAGAUAUAGGUGAGAGCUGUUAUGUGGUUUCUAGAAAGAUUGUUGAUAAUGAUUUAUCACUUGGUUCAUCGAAAUGGAAAAAAACUAGCGAUGGAAAUUAUGAAUUAAGCUUAGGAGUUGAACCUUCGUAGUAUAUUACUGAAGAAGUGUUAUAGUAUAAUAAUUAGACAGGGAUGAUGGAAAGAAAACUAAUUAGAAAGCCUUAUUUGGGAGGAAAGAUCUAAGAAGGCGAUUAAUUAAAUGAAGUAGACAAAAAUGGAACUAAAGUGCUUUCACGUAAAAUAGAAUCCAAUCUUUAACCAAAUAUUAUAAAACAAUAAUGGUAGAAUGUAGGAAAAUAAGAAGAAAUCCUUCUAAAUUCAGAAGAACCUGAACAAUUUAUUGAGGAAGAGAUUAUCCAAGUUAAUCCAAAAACAGGAAAACUUGAGAGAAAAAUUGUCAGAAAACCUCUGAAUAAUGAAGAAAUAGAUAAUUUAUAAAUGGGAUAAAAUUUAGAAGAAGAUUUAGGGAAUGGUAGAUAAAUAAUUUCAAGAAAAAUUGUUUAAAAUGAUCAAUCAAAUUAAGCAUUAAAAUAGCAAGGUUGGGUAAAAAAUACUGAAGGAAACAUGGAAAUCAGAUUCCAACCUGAACCUGCAAAAUAUGUUGAGGAAGAAAUAUUAGUUUAAGGUGAGGAUGGAAUUGUUUAAAGGAAGCUAGUGAGAAGACCAUAUUUACCUUAGGAUAACAAAUUACAAACUGGAUCUGUGAUAGAAAAAGACUAAAAUGGAAAUAAAGUUGUCUCGAGAAAGAUUGUAUAAAAUAAUAAGCCAAUCGAUUAAACCUGGACUUAAUUAAAUAAUGGAUCCUUAGAGAAAGUAGUUUCACAAUAAGAACCUGAAGCUUAUAUUGAGGAAGAGAUUAUUAUCAUAAAUCCAAAAACUUAGCGAUAAGAAAGAAAAUUAACGAGAAGACCUUUAACUAAAUCAGAAAUAGGAGAGAUUGGAGAGAAUCUUCAAGAAGGUGACGGAACUAGAAAAGUGGUUGCUAGAAGAAUAAUCUCUAAUGAAUAGCCUUUGGAUUAAAUGAAAGAUUGGUAACAAAAAUAAGGACAGAUGGAAAUUUAAUUAGCUUCAAGUGAGCCAACCAAAUAUGUUGAAGAGGAAGUUCUUUCUUAUGGAGAAAAUGGAUUACAAAGAAAAUUAGUAAGGAGACCAUUGACUAAGGAAAAUUCAUAAAUUGGAAAUAACUUAAAUGAAUUAGAUAAGGAUGGAAACAGAAUUUUAUCUAGAAAAAUAGUCGAUAAUUCUUAAUCCAUUAAUUAAGUCUAAAAAGAUUGGCAAAAAGGGCAAAAUGGCAUUCUUGAAAAAAUUAUUUCAUAAGAAGAACCUGAGCAAUUUAUAGAAGAAGAGAUAAUUAUAGUAAACCCAAAAACAGGCAAGCAAGAACGCAAAUUAAUUAGACGUCCUUAUGAAAAUGAAGAAGAGGUUGGAGAUUAAUUGAACGAAUCAAUUGGUAAUAAUCAAAAAGUAGUGGCAAGAAGAAUCNAAAACCAGUUUAUAAAAUUGAUGAAAAUAUUAAUUAUGGAGAAGGUAUAAAUGAAUAAGGAUUAAAUGGAGAGAAAAUUAUUUCUAGAAGAAUUAUAUAAAACUAAUUUUCUUCUAAUUUGUUAAACUAAUAAGGUUGGUAGUAAAAUUAAGAUGGAAUUUUAGAGUAAAUAAUUUGUUUAGCUGAACCCAUGAAAUAUAUAGAAGAAGAAAUUUUAACUAUGAAUAAAUAAACUUCAUAACUUGAAAGGAAAAUAAUAAGAAGACCAUUUUCUCCCAAUUCAUAAAAUCUAAAAUUAGGAGACAAUUUAUCCGAAUUUGAUAACGAGGGUAAAUAAAUUGUAUCAAGAAAAAUUGUAGAUAAUAUAUCUCCAGUCUAAUCUUAAUAAAAAGAAGGAUGGAAAGUUGAAUAAGGAAAACUUACUAGAUUAGUAAGUUUCUCAGAACCAGGACAAUUUAUUGAAGAAGAAAUUUUAAUCAUCAACUAAAAUACAGGAAAAUAAGAGCGAAAGUUAAUUAGAAAGCCUUAUAACGAAGAUUAAAAAACUUAAUUUGGUGAUGAAAUAGAAGAAUAGUGUUAAGGCUAUAAAGUAAUUUCAAGGAAACUUGUACAAAACAAUAUCUCUUCAGAAGCUAAAAAGAAAGAAGGAUGGAUAACUAAUAAGGAAGGUUUAAUGGAAAAAGUUAUAAUCUCUUCAGAACCAACAAAAUAUAUUGAAGAAGAGAUUUUAAGCUUCAACAAAGAAACAGGCCAAUUAGAAAGAAAACUUUUAAGGAGACAAAUCUAAGAUAACCUUGUGAUGGGAGAUUAAAUUUAGGAAGUAGAUCCUUUUGGAAAUACAAUAUUAUCAAGAAAAAUAGUUGAAAACAAUUCUAACAAAGGAUGGGUGAAAUAAAAAAAUGGAACUUUAAUUAUGUAGCUGUCCCAAUAGGAACCAGAGUAAUAUGUAGAAGAAGAAGUAUUAUUAACAGAUAAAGAUGGAUAAUAAAAACUAGUUAUUGAAAGAAGGCCUUUUAUUUAUGGAGAAGGAAAAAUUGAAAGAACUGAUGGAGGUUUUGUGUUAUCAAGAAAAGUAAUUUAAAAUAAUCAAACUUUAAUUGCGCUUAAAUAAGAAGGCUGGGUUAAAGAUAAUAAAGGAAUUCUUAAAAAAGUAGGAUUUUAGCCUUCAGCCAAUGCAACAUUAUCCCAAUAAUUAAUUAAUUAAGAUUCUUAAUAUUUUGAAGAGGAACAUUAAAUAUCUAAUCUUAAAACAAAUGAGAUGGAAAUAAUUUUAUUAAAAUUUCCAUACAAUGUUAAUAAAUAAAUCGGUAAAAGAUUAAAGGAGUAGGAUUCUGAUGGUAAUCAAAUUAUUAGCAGAAGGAUUGUUACAAAUCUUGAUUUGGAUUAUAAUCCAUAUUAAUUUGUAGAAGAAAUUGUUGAGGUAGCUAAUCAAAAAUCAGGGUAGACAGAACUAUUUGCUAUCUAAAAAUAAGUUAAUAUAACAGAAGUUUAAAUUGGUAAAAAUUUAAAUGAAAAGCAACCUAAUGGUUUUGUAAUAAAAUAAAGAAAAGUUAUAAAUUAAUUUUAGAUUGAUAGUUUAUAAAGUUGGAGAAAAAUUACUGAUGCUCCUAAGGAAUAUUUUAAACAGCAUGCAAACAUAAACAUAAAAAAAUCAAUGUAUUAAAUCGAUGAAGACAGUUAAGAGUAAAGAGAUUCAUAAUAUAGAUCUAAUGAAGAAUUAAAUAGUUAAGGAAUAAGAGUAUCAGAUUUUGACGGAUCCAGAAUUGAUAAACUUCUCCUCAAUUCAAACGAUAAAAGAAAAUUAUCAUAAUAAAAAUUUUUAGAGGAAGAAAUUUUAAUAUAGAAUACUUUAACUAAAAAAAUUGAACGUCGCUUAUAAAGAAAACAAAUGUAAUCAGAUUUAGAUUUAGAAAUUGGAGAGGAUUUAUAUGAGUAAGAAGAAGAUAUUGUAAUAUUGAGUAGACAAUCAGUAGAAUCAAAUUCUCCUUAAGAUUUAAUGAAAAAAGGUUGGUAUGAAUCAAGUUGUAAUAUUUGGUCACGAAUUUUAAGUAAAACUGAAUCUUUUUAUAUGAUUGAAGAAGUAAUAAAGGAAGGAAAGGGAAACAAAUAAAAAAUUAUUGUUACAAGAAAAUAAUUUAAAGAUGAAGAAUUAGUUUUUGGGGAAGAUUUAAAAGAAUAAUUAGGUUAAGAUUAGAUUUUAGUUAGAAGGAUUAAAGUAUCGAAUAGAUCUUUAGCAUUUUAUAAAAAAAAUGAAUUUACUAAAAAUAGGGAUGGAAAUUAUGUUAAAGUCAUACUAGAAAAUGAAAAUACUAAUGUUUAAUUAAGAAUCCCUAAGUAUUAAGAACCAAAUCUUAAAAAAAGUAAAUCUAGUUGUUCAUAGCUAUCUCUAAUUUAGGCUAUAGAAUAAACAUAAUUAACAAAAUCUAAAUCUUUAAUGAAUGUUAGUGAAUAACAAAAUAAAACUUCAGGAACUAAUAAAGGUUUAUAAUAAAAUAAUGAAUAAUUUAUGGAUGAUUAAGCAAUAAUUAACAGAACUAACAUUUCAGAUAUAUCAGAAACUGAUAAAAUGUUUUUGAAACAAUUAGAAAGAAAGGAUCAUACAAAAAAAUAUUCUCAAUAGGAUAUCUUGAGAAAUAGAGUAGGAUCAGAGAAAAAUAAUAAAAGCUCUUCUAGUCCUUUCUCAGAUUAAGACUAUAAUAUGAGUUCUAACUCGAUAAUAGGCAUAAAAAUUAUUAAAAGACUAUUGUAAAAAAUGAUUUAAGUGAAAGUCAAGACGGCAUUUGAUGAGUUUAGCAUUAUAAAGUAAUAAAACAUAUAUAUUUUAGUUAAAAGUAUAAGAGAUUUUCAUAAGCAAUUCGAUCAAUUAAAAAGUUUGGAAUUUAAUCUGCAUUUACAACUUUAAAUGAACAUAGGCUUAAAACUAUCAUAGAAUUUAAUGAAGAUGAUAUCAUAAAAUACAAUUAGAUGCUUACUGAAAAUAAAAUUUAAGCCAUGGAGCAAAUACCAGAAUAAGGUUAAUAAGCAGAGCCUAUAGAAUUGAGUCCAGAUGAAAAAGGAUCAAGGACAUUAGUUAAAUCUCAAUCUUAGAUUUUACCUAAGUAGCUAAAUUUUAGAAACUCAUUUACUGCUACUCCUUAAAAAAACUAAUCUUAAUAAUAAUCAAAUUAAAUUAAAUCUGGUUAAGUAGUUAGAGCUGCUUAAGCUCCUUCUACUUCAAUAAUCAUAACUUCCCCUCCUCCAUCUUAAUAAUUAGCUAGAGGGUCUAAUACCCGUAGCUCUACUAUUAAAACUGUUGCAAGCCCUUAGCCACAGUAACCUAAAUAGUAUAAAAUUUAAUAAUUUAUUAGCGCUGCUCAAUAAAAAUUUUCCUAGCAAAGUGAUGAUAAAAAAAAAAGUGGUUAAAAUACAAGCUACAGUACUCAAAAGAGUAAUCGAUAACUAGAAGUAUCAUCUGUAUAUAUUAUUCACUAUUAUUAUUUAGGUAAAUCAAAGUUAAAAUGCUUCAUAAACAUCGAUUAAAAACCCAACUUAAUCAUUAGCUGCCUAGCAAAAAGAUAAAAUAUCAUAAUAAUUUAAAAAGAUGGGAUCAUAUUCUCAAAAAUCAAAAAAAUGA